AGAUCAGCUUGUUAGAAGAGCAUUUGAACUGUCUCCCAAAAGAUGCAUGUCUGUAGUGAGGCUCAUGGAAGAUAUUAAUGGAGAUGACGAAGCUGCCUCUCAGUUUUCUGAUAUAGGUCUGCUGAACAGUGAAACUGAUCAAGACUUUCAAAAGAGACUCAGCAGCUUGUGGACAGUCAUAGAAAACACACUCAGUAAGAAAAAUCGAUACAGGGUUAAUCUCCCAUGGAACAAAAUAGGAUUGAAUUCUGCCAAUCCAGAACAUUCUGACUAUCUCUUGAACUUUGGUACAGCGGUUACUGAUAUGGUGGAAAAUGCCAUAUUUGAGCAUUUGCCAACCAGGUCAUUCUUGAUCACUGGAAAUCCAUUUUGCUCAAAGAAAAUGAAACUGUAUCAAAAAGUCCUUGUCCACACACAGUUUUUCUUGAAGAAAAGUGGAGGUAAACUCUAUGGCUGUCAGGAUGUGUUGAGUCAGAUACAGGAGUCACUUUCAAAAGGGGCAAGGGAGGAGCAUUACCCAAUUUUUAUCAGAGGGCCUGUGGGUUGUGGGAAAAGCUCAAUUCUAGCCAGAAUACCAAGCAUUUUACAAGAUAUUUGCAGCACUGAUGUCUUGUGUGUGAUGAGGUCUGUUGGACUCACUCUUUGCUCUUCUACCCCAAAGGCUUUGUUACUCAGUAUAUGUCUUCAGUUGCAGCACCUGGUCCAAAAGAAUCUUAAGCUAGAAGGAUAUGAUUUCCAGGGUCUCUUGGAAUGCUAUCAUUAUUUGCUUCAGACAUUAUCACAGGGACAUAAACAGUGGCUCAUAUUAUUGGAUGGGAUUGAUUUGCUUACACCUGAUAAUCCUUUGUCCAGUAUCAGUAUUGACUGGCUUCUUUUCCUUCUUCCUCACAGAGUGCAUGUCAUAAUGUCAUACACCUCUGAAAGCAACAGACAAAAACCCUCCCAUAUUAGCCAACUUGAAAGGAAGUUUUGUGUGAAGGUGCCAUUGCUUACUGUUCCUAUGCUACUUGAACAGGACAUGUCAUGUUUGAUAAAGGACCAGUUCUCAAAUUGUUCCAUGUGUUUGUCUCCUGAAAGAAAGAAAAGUUUGCAGAAGGUCCUUUUCCAGUCUGGAAACCCUCUCCAUGCAUGGACUCUUUGUGAAGCAGAAAAGCACAAAACAUCACCAUCCAUUUAUUUUGUAAAUAGUGUGGGAAAGGCAAGCACCCUGCAUACCAACUUCACUUCAACACUUGAUAGGCUGGAAGAAGUAUAUAGUCUUUCUGUGAUACAGAGCAUUGUGACACAUAUCACACUGUCUGUUAAUGGGCUAACAGAGGUACAGUUGUUGGACAUUUUGUCUCGUAACGAUGAGGUGCUUUUCUGGUGUUUUCCUCAGGAUACUCCAACAAUUCUUAGGUUUCCUCACUUGUUAUGGACAGCCAUCAGAUUUCAACUUGAGCCCUACUUAUCCAGACACCAGAUGGAAAACAAGAGCUUGUUCAUCUGGAAGCAUUCUGUGUAUGCAGAUAUCAUCAAGGAGAGAUAUCUCAAGAAAAUGGAGGUAAUCAGGCAGACUCAUUGCAAUCUGGCAAUGUCAUUUAUGGACACCAGUGAUCAAGAGAGACCACUGUUGUCCACUGCCAGAGGUGUCCACUUUGAGGACAGGGGGAACAGAAUGACCUCCCACCAACCUUUGGUGUUUAAUGAGUCCCAGUAUAACACCAGGAAACUAAAUGGAUUAUGGAUCCACCUCCUUUUCUCAGGAGAUGUUGAUCAAUUUAAGGAGCACACAUUUUGCAACUUUGAAUACUUGAUGGCAAAGCUACACCUAAUGGGGGUCCACUGCCUCAUCAAUGAACUGCAGUACUCACAGUGUCAUGUCUUGGACCCUGAACUCUACCUGGUGUGGAGAAGCUUCACAAAGGCUUCUGAAACACUAAGCAAAGAUUUCUUACAGAUGCCUAGUGAACUGAUAGGAAGACUGAGAAAAAUCAAAGAUGUGUACACAUGCCAUACUUCCAACCUUAUAAUGCAAUGUAUGCAGUGGUGUGACAACUUUGACCUGCCUAUUUUGGUCCCAUUGACCCCUUGGCUAGUUGACCCAAGGUCACCUCUGGUCACUGAGGUGGACUGUCCAGAGGGAGCAGAGCUGGUUGCCAUCGUCAAUAGUGGACAGCAUGUCUUCUAUACUACAACUACGUACAGUAUUCAAAUGAGGCAUUUGGCUUCAAAAAAGAAGAUUAUGAGUUUUGAAGGACAUUCCAAGUUGGUCACUUGUCUGUGUUUAUCACAUGACAACAAGUUUCUGGUUAGUGGCAGUCAAGAUUGCAAUGUACAUAUUUGGGAUAUAGCCACUGGAGACUGUACAGAUACUUACAGACCUCAUGACGAUACAGUGCUGUGCCUGGCUUUGAACACCAGGGAUGACAUCCUGGUAACUGGUGGCAGGGACUUUGCAGUGCAUGUAAUCUCACUGAUAGAUGGCGCCAUGCUCUUUGCCAAGUGUCACCAUGCUGGUCCUGUCAGCUGUGUAUGUCUGAAUGCCAAUGAUACUAUACUAGUGACAGCUUCACUGGACAAAACAGUAAAGAUGUGGAGUAUGGAUGACAUGACUCUACUGAACUCUGUGGUUGACUUGGAUUCCCCAGUCAUAACUAUGGAUAUAUCAGUGGACAGUAUUUUCCUUCUUAUGGGUUUGGAGGAUGGAAUCAUUGAAGUGAGAUCAUUCACAACAGGAACAAUUGUCCAUAAUCUGGAUCUUCACAGAGUGGAAGUGUCAAGUCUGUGCGUGUCAAAGGACAGUCAACAUGUGGUGGUGGGAUGUAAGAACUGUCACCUGCUAGUGUACAACCUGAGGACCAGAGAGCUGCUACAUGAGCAUUACCUCACCACGGGACCAGUCUCCUGUGUGAAAGUGACACAAGAUGAGUUCUUUAUUGUCACAGCUUCUAAGAAUACCAUUAGUGUAUGGAAUUUUUUAAAGAGUGACAGCAGCCCUGGAGGCAACAAAAACCACAGUGCAGCCAUAACUUGUAUGGCAAUGUCACCUGAUGGAAAGACAGCUAUUACAGGUUCCAGGGAUUGUACCUGUAUAUUAUGGAAUUUGGAACUGAGUGAAUACAUGGAGACACUAAAGGGACAUGAGGCUAGUGUGUCAUGUGUAGCCCUCUCUGUGAACGAUGCCUUUGCUUUGUCUGGUUCAAAAGAUGGGACCUUCAGAGUGUGGAACAAAACCCUGGCAAUCCCAGUUGUGAUAUACAAGGAGCACCAAUCACCAGCAGUCAAUGCAACCAUACUACCAGACAACAUCAGGGUACUGACUACAGCUGCCAAUGAUACUAUCCACAUCUGGAAGGCAGAUACAGGGGAGACACUGUUUGUGUAUAGAGCCCCCAACUUACUGCUGAUUGUGUCACCCAGUGGUAAACUGGCCAUAUCUGGGAAUGGAAGCCAUAGUCUUCGUUUAUGGUCUGUUGAAGAUGGGAGACAUAUCCAAACUCUUCAUCACAAUGACAAAAUAACUUGUGUCACAUUUUCUGCUGAUUCUGAGCACAUGGUCACAGGGUCCACAGAUCAUUCCUUAAAAAUAUGGGAGGCUAAAAGUGGGAAACUUACUCAGGUCCUUGUGGAGCAUACAAGUGCUGUGUUGUGUGUGGCCAUGACAACUGGCAGUAUUCACAUAGUGUCAGGGUCUGAGGAUAGGAGUGUCUUGGUGUGGGGUAUGCCAACUGGAGAGGUGGAGUACAAACUGGAGGGCCAUACUCAGGCAGUGACAGCAGUCAAGGUGACUGAAGAUGGAGGAUCAGCUUUGUCAGGUUCGCUUGACUGCACAUUACGUUUAUGGAGCAUCAUCCAUGGCUGCUUAAUCACUUUGUUCGACAUGCAUCACCUUGUGGUGGACUUAAUGAUAAAUAGUGUUGCCAGGCGCAUCAUUAUUCGCCUGGAUAACGAAAGAUUUUUGCCAGUCUUGUGUCUUCAUAACAGCCCAGUUAGUGAUGUCAAAUGUCAGAGUCAAAUAAGCCUUCACAUGGCCAAUAGUAUUUUACCAAUCCACCCCAAACCAUUACCCCCAACACGGGGCAGACUGACCCAUAUUUAUCCCACUGAAAGAAGAAAAAACACUAUUAAAAGGGUGUCACUAUCUACCCUGCCAGAAAUAAUAAGGAUGUCUCCCAUUCGAGCUCCAGUGCCAGCUGGUCUUCAGGAUCAAAAAACAAGAAAAAUGCCAAACCGUACCCAAGCAAGUGAGACUUCCAUAACAAAUUUCAGUGGCCUUUUGAUAAAAGAAAAGGACAAGGAAUCUAAAAAGUCAAAGUUUUGCACUUUGCUUUAAUGGAUAAUCGUGGCUGAACAAGACCAUUAUUCUUCUGCAGGAAUGUAUAUUUUAUAUGACCAAAUUUCUAAUUCCACAUUUUUCUUCAUCAUCAGUUGCUGUACGUGCAAUCCUUUAUUUCUGUAUCACUUUUUGCAUCCGAUGUAAUCAUAUAUUAUUUACUUAGUAUAAAUGUGAUAUUUAGUUUUGUGUAGAUCAUUUGGAAUGCAGGCGAUAUUAUACCAUCUGGAUACAACCACAUAAAUUUUUCCCAAGUAUUUUUCAGUUUUAAACAACUUGAGUAAUGAAAAAUGAACAAAUUUUAAUAACAUUUAUGAAACUUUAUUGUAAUACAUCUAUCAAUAAUGAAAAUAGAUUUUUUAAAAAUUGCAUAGCACCUGAAUAUAAAGCACAAAACAACAUCAAUUUCCUCAAGAGAGGAACUUUGGAUUUACGAAUACAUUUCUGAUAAAGAGAAAAUUGCUGCUAUAUGUGUAAUAAAAUGCUGGUAUAAGUUCAGAUCUCAAAUUCUGAGAAUUGUAACAACUUACACCAUAGUGGGAAUAUGACUAGAAUGUAAUGCCAUUUUGUAUCAGGCAAGUUUAAAAAAAAAUUGACUAAAAAUCUAAUUUAAAUUCAAAAACAGAAAAUUAAACCCUAAUAUAUCAUAGUUUUCACUGAUCAGUAGCUAAAUGACAGUUUAUUUUAGCUAAUGAUGGAUGAAGUUUAUGAUAAAAGGCUUUAAAAAACACAGUGAAUGAACUUGGUCUGCUUAAUAUGUAAAGUACCCGUAUUAUAUCAUGAAAAUGUCAACCACUUCUGUAUACACGGUUUUACUUCUAACAUAUAUGAAUCUGUGCCUAAUAUAAAAAUAAAGUAAUGAUGGAAUACAUCAGGAAUGUAAAGAAGAAUAUAAAUAUGAUUUGCAG